AGGGUAUAACGUAACAUUAUUAUCCUCGUUUAACCUUCAAACUAAUAAGUAGGGUAUUAACAAUAAGCGAUAUAUGAAAAAAGAUGAAAAACGUUGGUGUCUCGGAAUAUUACAUCGACUCGAGUAAGUUACAUCGUACUGUACUUGCAUAACGAUACUCUCUAUGUACAUAUAUUUAUGUAUGUGUGUAUACAUUGAUUGAUUUGUAGACAAUAAAUUUUAAUUUUGCAUCCGAUACGAUAAUUAUUUAAUAAUAUGACCUCAAUCGUAAUAUACUGCAUUCAUUUGAAAUAUUUGUAAAGUUUGGGGAUUUAAAAAAAAAUAAGAAUACAUAGUUAAAUUGCGAUAGAGAUUCAGGUAUUAGAAUUUCUAGUUACGUCAGUGCAGUGGCGUGUUUUAGGGCGUUGAAACGGGGAGAAAAGGAGCGAAUGCCGAUCGAUGCAUUGAGGCGCCAGGCCCUGAGCUCAACCCUGUUUCGUUCCAUCACCCUUACCCUGGUCCGGCAUGCCCUGCAGGCUGCAGCAAACCUGCCCUCCGGGCUUUAUUCUUUAGUAUGCAGUUGCGCAUCAACUUGUUCACGGCAAGUACUUUUAACGUUUCUACGAAUUUCGACGUUUUUGUUGUGACGCGACACGAAUCGAUCCAGACCCAGAUCCAGACCGUGUUAUAAUUCGCGGCUGAUAUAUUUUCAGUUUUGUGCAUUCUAUUAUUUCAAAGCUGUUCGAAAGCGAUGAUACCGAACGACACAUAAUUAUCGUGCUACGAGGCUAGUGAUUACUUGGUGUUAUCGAUUCGAAGCUACGUUGUCAAGCUUGCUAUUGUGAUGUUCGAUUCACUGACAGAUGAUUAUGGAGAUAGCUGAUGCCGGAGGUGGUUGUAAACAAUACCGUCUAGUUUUGGUAUUAUUGGUAUUAUUUUUUCUGUUCGAGUGGACAGACCGCGUGGUGGUAGCUGGCGAUUGCGGUCUGGCCGAGUUAACUUGCCGAGACGGGCAUUGCGUACCGAUCGAUGCUUAUUGCAACGGACGAGAUGAUUGCGGAGACAACAGUGACGAGCCAGCUAUGUGUACACCCUGUAAUCGUACGUAUCACGGCCGAGAAGGACGUACGUACAAAUUGGAUCUUCCGAGACCUGCCGAGGAACGUUUACCGUUCCUUUGUCAUUUAACGUUCACCGCUGCUGGUCAAGGAUACGGUGAAUUGGUCCAACUGUUAUGGGACGCGUUUAGCGUAGGCAGGGUAGAUCCAAACACCGAUAGCUUCGUCACCAGCUGCCCGGAAGGAUCGUUGCAAUUAGCCGAAUUAGGUAGACAUUUCACCGGUGGCUCUUGGUGCGGAGUCGGUGAAGGAAAAGCUAGCUAUUAUAGCGAGACCAGUACCGUAACAGCCUCUAUACGACUAUUUCACGCACCUGCUUCCGUUCCGUUCGAAUUUCAUCUACGAUAUAGAUUCGUAGCCCGCAACGAAGCUGUUGCUAGAUUAGGUAAACCCGAGGUUCCUAUCGAGAGGGGUUCACCGGUACCUGGUACUUAUUGUUCUCGAAAUUUUUACGAAUGUCAUUUGAACCAAUGCAGACUGCAAAGUCCAAAUUAUCCAGGAGAGUAUCCGCGAAACGCCAGCUGUUUGAUCACCAUCAGACAAAAAGAGGUACCGACUUGUAAGCACGCGAUGAUUUCUGUGAAAUCAACGCCGACCGGUCCGUCCGGGAUAACAUCGGUUAACGCUACCUUGACCGUAUGGCAAGAUUGUCCUCCCGAGAAGGAUCGGCUUAUCUUUCGCGACGGUGUUCGAGCCGAAGAUCCAAUUUUAUUGAUAUAUUGCGGAGGAGCUUUACCGAGAAUCACUGCCAGAGGUCCGACGAUGCAAGUAGAAUUUCAAAGUUCUCCGAUAGCUAUACCUCUUGGUGGUUCCGCAUUGCGAAUCGAACUCGAGAUUCAAGUGGUUUACGUCGAUUCAGACGGAUUGGACUACGCGAAAGAUCCCCAAGGUUGUCAUUUUUUUGUAAAUGGUACUAACAAAAGAACCGGUGUAUUGAGAGCACCGCAACACGCACUGCCACCAAAUUCUACCUGUACCUGGAAUAUCAAAGGAUCCGCAGGGGACAGAGUGUGGAUAUAUUUUUCUUCUUAUUCUCAGAGGGACUUGACGGACUUGAGUCAAGUUGAAAACAAUGCUAGUUCUCGAUCGGAUGUGCCGUGUGCAGUGAAAUUUAUUUUUUGGGACGGUACUCCGACUACUGGACUCGCAAUGGCUACCCUUUGCGACGAUACGCCAAAGUUGUGCGCGCAUGCAGCUCUAAGGAAUAUCACGAGAAGUACAAGACCGUGUACAACGGAGGAAAGUUACAUUACGGUAGCACCGUCUUUGACUUUACACAUGGAAGCUACUUUCGGCACUGCUCUUCAUACAGUCAAUUUUAAUGCACAGUACGAAUUUAUUUCAACUAUACAAGUUGGCGAACCUUGGGGUGACGGUCUUUGUAGCAGAGUCUGGCGUAAAGUUCGAAGCGGAGAAGUAACAUCACCGCGCGACGUUCGUCUUUUCGGAAGAGGAGGAUCUGCGAGAUUAGAUUGCAGAUACAGAAUCGAAGCUGGUGCGGACGAACGAGUGCGAUUAACGUUGCACAACGUUAGUCUAGGCGAAUCGACCGUUUGUACGAGCGAACCAGAUCCUCACACUGGUCGACCACGGUGUGUUCAAGAAAGCAACAACAACAACAACAACAACAACAACAGGCAAGCUCGUCUAGUUUUAUACGAAGCUCCUUGGCGAGACGUGAAGCUUGCCAGAGCUUGUUUCUGUGAUAAUACCUCGCAUCUUCCUUUCACGCACAUCUCUUCGAGCAGAGCUUUAGAAAUUACUUUUCUAGUCGAUCACCAAGCUCCACACGAAGACUUUGAAACGCUCUUUUUCUAUGCCAGUUUCGAACUCGUUCGAGCACCCGAGUGUCCCAGGAAACAAAGAGUACGCGGCGAAGGUGGUGAAUUACGAUUCGUCGCUCCUCCGUUAUCGAGACCAGACAUUUACUGCGAAGGACUUCCAUGGUUGGUGGAAGCUCGCGAAAACAGAUCCUUGUUUCUUCUUACUUGGGGCUGGUUCCUUCCCCUCGAACCUCCUCCUGUAUCAGAAAUGAACGAGCAAGCAAAGUGCCCGACUACCAAUAGAAUUCUUCUUUAUUCCGGCUGGCCACCGAAACUUUUAAAAGUGGUAUGCCCUGCUGAACCAGGUGCCAGAGAAUUCACGGUUCAUGUAUUCUCCGAAGAAUGGCUAGGAGGUACGGACGAAGCUAAAUGGCCAGGUCCACCAAGACCACCCGCCCUUCUCUUGGACUUUGUCGCGAGAGAGUCUGGUCAAGCGGCAGCUUCUUGGCUUGAAAUUUCGAAAAGCAGAGCCGCGUUACGUAGACAAUUACGUUUACCCGAGAGAGGAGGAGGAGGAGGAGGAGGAGUGGAAAACGAUACGUCACCUCAUGCUGCAGACUGUCCUCAUAAAUGUCCUGAAUUGGGUGCUUGCAUCGCCGCCAGUCUUUGGUGCGAUGGAAGAUCUCAUUGUCCAUCUGGAUUUGACGAAGCAAACUGUGGUAAUGGUGCAAAAUUGCUUGGGCUACUUCCUUCGGAAAUGUGGCUCGUUUUGGCAGCUGUUGCUGGAAUUAUCACCGCUUUCGCGUGCUUCUUUGCGAUCCUCAUCACCAGGUCUAAAGCACGUACAAAAAGACUUCAUUACAAGGGUACAAAGAAAAGCAAUAGACCGAGACGAGCACCAACAGAAGAAACGUUACUCGGAGCGGCAUCCUGACAACAGCAACCCGGUUUCGUGGAGUAUAUCCACGUAGACCGGGAGACUACUGUUUAGCAAUAUUCUCUCUGCUUUACCGUCCAUUAACUUAUUGCUACCACCUAUCAUAAUUCUCAUCAAGGUAUUUUUUCUUUUUAUUCUCUUUUCAGUUCAUUGUACCAUCAUUCUCUAUUAUUCUAUUAUACAUUUCUUAUUCAUUUAUACGAUACUUAUUUAUUGGUAUUUAUUAGCCAAGGUAGUAACUAAGUAAGUAAGUAAGUAAGUAAGUAAGUAAGUACUAUACUUACGAUAUAGAAAGGGACACAAAGUAUAGCCAUAUUGUUGAAUUUGUUGUUAGAAUUAGAGAUACUGCAGGAUCAACAGCUAGCCAUUUUCAAACUCGUAAACGUAAUGUGAUUCAGUUAAUAUAAUUAUAAUUACACACUGACGUAACGUUUCAUGAUCCAGAAAACCAAAGAGAUCGUAAAUGCAAGUAAUAUAAUAUAUCGUUUCAAAUUCUUAUAUGUAAUACUUAAAAUACUAUACAGGUUGCUCAAAAGAUAUUGUAACUGCCAAAAGAUACCUUAAGUUCAAUUAACGAGUACGACAUUUUUAGUAGCAACAGAAAGAGUAUGAUAUAGAAAUAUAAAACAUAAUUAUUCUCUAUGCACAAGAAUAACUUUUUCAUAUUUCAUUCGUUUCUUCAGAGAAUUUAAAAAUACUAUCAAGUACAUAAUCGUAUAUACAUAAAUACAUAUGUAGUUGCCAUAAUUUUAUCGAUGAUGCCAAAGAUUCAUUUUUUCAUAUUAUAUUUAGUACCGAUAGUUUUUUACGUCAAUUUUUCAGUUUAUUUUUAUGACUUUUGCUCAAAUAUUUCAUUGCAAUGUAUUUUAAACGAGUUUCAUUGAAACAUACGAAAAUAUAAAAAUAUGACGAGUUAUCCAACUUGUAACUUGUUCAUCGAAUUCGUUGAAAGAAAAAACAACAAAAAAAAAAAAAAAAAAAAAAACCACAAAAGAAUCUAAACAUUGAUGUUGAUAAUAUGUGUUAUAUACAUAUAUAUAUUUUUUUUCUUCUAAAUAUAAAAACUGCAAAAAGUACUGUACUCGUAAGGGAACAAUUGUAGGUCAAGUUCCAGCGCACAAGAAAUUAUAAGAAAAAUGAAGGGAAUAAAAACAGGACUUAGCUAAAAGGGUAACGGUAGAAAACGACCAAUUUUGAAUUUUGCUACUGUACAAAUUUGACAAUUGGUGGUGAAAUGCAGAAUUGAUAGCUUUUUACAAUUCUUCUUUAAGGGUACAAUAUUAUACAUAUAACAGUGUCGUCCUCAUUUUUCUUGUACAAUUUCUCUGUUUAAUUCAUAAUUGUGUUUAAUCAUAUUUCUUACUUAUUUUUUUCCAUUAAUAUGUACUUGUAAAAAAUUCAUUUCUUUUUGAUCUUAAAUAGUAGAGAAAAUUAAACGAAAUCAAUAAACGGAACUAAAGUAUAAAAGUAGAGAAAAGUUAGGGAGAAUACUUCUUAAAAUAUUCUAAAAAGUAAAAGAAAUAAAAAAAAAAAAGAAAAAAGAAAAAAUCGCUGUUAUACAAUAUUUAGUAGUAUAAUAGCGUAAUAGUUGCACUAACAAAGCAUAGAAGUAAGAAAAUUAGUUGUGACGCAAAGUGUGUUGGACGAUACAGAACGUAAUAAUUUAUGAUCAUGUAAGCACAUUGAUAAUGUUAAAGUGUUGUUAUUGAAAUAUAACUGUUGUUACACGAACAACAAGGUAUUGUAAUGUUCAAAGAAAAAAAGAAAAAAUGGAAAAAAAAAAGAAGAAAAAUUAAAAGACGAAUACGUUUGCCUAUUAGAUUAUUUAUAAGUAGAUGACAUAUUUAAACGAUCAUAUUCAAGGUGAAUAAAUCAAAUCUAGUUUUUAAUUAAACUAUUAUACAUCUAUCGAUACAUGAAUCUUGAGUAACAGGAUAGAAUAUUAUAUUUAAUAAGCAGAAAUUGUCAGGUACCCUUCUUAGAUUCGAAUGAGUAUUAGCGUGUAAAAACUUAUUCAAAUCUGAGAAAUUCUUCUUGUAAACACCAUUAUAAGGAAUGAAAGUAUAAAUCUCAAGAUGCAUGUAGUAAUUCUAUAAAAAGAAAAAUAAAGAACAAAGCGAAAAAAACCUAUAUAUGUACAUUAUAGGUAUUAUAAGUGGAAUAAUUGGAAAAUUAAUGUUUAAACUACUGUGUAUUUUAGUUUGGCCUGGAACGCUUCUAGUAAAAAGUUAUGCCACGAGUGUGACUGACUGGGUAUAGAAAAGCAAAGAGGAAAAGCAAAGUGAAGAGCAUUGUUGCGAGAUAGAUUCGGUAUGAAAGAGUACAUUUUCAUGUAUCACAUUUUUUCAUCUGAUGAUUCAUGAUAUGUUUUCAAUAUUUUCAAUUCUAAUCAAUUACUAAACGCGUAGGAACUUUCUAUUGUAUGUAUGUAAUCUAUUUCGUUCUAAUCUAUCUGUAUUGUAUUGUAAAUAACGUGGCAGAUUCACGUUUCUUUUAGGCUGUGUGUUACCUACUUUCGAUUGUCACGUUCAGAAUAUUUUUAAUCCAGACCAUAUAUGUAUAAUAUUAUGUAGCUCAACUAUAACUAGCGACGAAUAUUCAAAGAAUCUUUGCGGAGGAAGAUUUAUACUAACUAAACCAUUCUAAUCGAGAUAUGUAUGUACUUACACGAUAUACACAAGUACAUCAUAUUGUAGAGUAUCGAGAAAGAGGUACAUUUUUUGGAGAGCAAACUAUACUUCUCUUAGGAUUUAUUAUUAGCGACGCAAGAAAAGAAUUGAAAUUGUAUUGUAUUGUAUUGUAUUGUAUGUACCUACAUGUACCAGGGUGUUGGGCUACGGAUGGGCAUCCUUUGAGAAAGUGGUUCAACAACUUUUUCCUUUAACAAAAUGCUCGUUAAAGCUUAGUUUUUGAUUCAAGUGAUUACUCAGAAUUACCUCAGUUACAAUCCCCUGCAAGGAUGUCGACUCGUAGCUGAAUAAUGCAUUGGUAAACCUUUCUUUUUUUACGUAAGGGAAAUCCUCAUGGACACCACACCAUAUCAGGGUGGUCCUAGAUCCUCUGCGGUGGAAGAGCUCUGAUGAACACGUCCCGGAGGAGAUCAACGGGACGGGACCACCGCUGUUGUUGCGGGGGAAAGGGUGGCUGGUCUUCCUCCUUAGGCGACGGCGCUGCUCCUCUUCUAUGUACUAGAAGAACUGAUGAACCCAACAGACAUUGAAACUCUUUCUUUUCUUAUUUCUCAUUUAACAUAAAAAGCAUUAGGUUUUCAAUAGGAUAUACCACCAGGUGUUUGCAUUACUUUAUAAUAUAAUAGUGCGAGUAUUAUUUUAAGUUUCAAAGACCCAAGAUAAUGAUGUAUUUAUACAAGUGUGUAGUGUAUGGUAUAAAGGAACGAACAUUGAUCUGCGCUAUGGAGAGUUAAAAUAGAGUGCAGAUUUGAUUGCCUUUUACGAUUUAAGAGGAGUGAGUUUGUGACACAAAGUCACUCCUCUUGUUUAGAAAUAAUGAACGAGAAAGUUGAUCGAUUAUUUCGAUACAUUUUAAACAUUGUAGAGAUAGUUGCCAAAGCAAACAUUAGAAAAAAUAAUUAUCAAACAUCUUCCACAAACGUGUUUCCGUUUACUACCUACUUGCUACUUACAUAAGUAGGUACUUGUUAAAAUUUACUUAAAAUGAGUGCUUCGAAAAAUGGAAUAUUAUAAUAAAUGAUACGAUACGAUAACA